AAUUUCUCCAAUAUUACUAUUAUUAUCUGGUAGGUAGGAGAUAGGACACAUAAUCGUAGAUUUUACCAGUGAUAACAUUCAACAUUCACACCCCACUCCAAAAUCAAACAUCAUCAUCUAAACCCUAAAUCCAAACUUCUCAAAUUCAAAACCCUAGAAUUCACCAUGACUUCUAUGGCUACGACAUGGUGUCCUAGCUCAUUUCAGCUCCGAUUAGCCCUCACUCGUCAGAGACCGACGGCUCAGUUUGUGCGAUUUCCCCGAAUUAAUCGCCUGGAUUUUCGGUACCGAGUGUAUUGUGUUGAUGGAAGUGGAAAUGGCAAUGUUACUGAGUCUGUGCGGGUGGAGAAUGAUGCUUGGGCUGGCUCGAAUUCGAAAAGCCCCGGUGACGAGUUUGCUGGAUGGUCUGGUGUUAAUGGGAGCGAAUCGGAUGAUUCGAAAGGGAACAAGUGGAAUGGAGGGAUUGUGGGAGCUGGAGUUGCUGGGGUUAUUUUGUUUGCUGGACUAUCCUUUGCCGCGCUUUCCAUAAGCAAGAGAAAUUCCAAACCAGAAGAAUAUAUACUGCCGUCAACCACAAAGCAAGAGCUAGCAUAUGAUACAACUGAUAUUAAUGAUAAUGCUGAGGAGCAAAAAAUUGAGGGGAAGAGUCCAACACCAGACACUAAUAGUAGUGAAUUCAGGCCAGAAAUGGAUCAGGAUUCUACUUCUUAUAAGGAAGCUGAUGGAGCCGUAUCCGAAACUAGACUCAGUCCUGAGAAAGAUAUGGCCAACUCAACUGAUCUUGGUGAUGUUGACAAUGAUAAUUCCAUUCUAGAAGAUCUGCAAAAUGAAGUUGCUCAUGAUGACAUACCCGUUGCUCCAGAUGGUACUACACUACCUUUCGUUGUAUCCAACGCAGUAGAUUCAGAAGAGAGACUUGCAGAAGCUUCCAACAUAAAUUCUGAAUUAGAGAAAGCUUCUAACGAUUUUGAAGUGGACAAUUCACUAGUCUCAAAUACUAGUAACACAAGUUUAAGUAAAGACCUUCAUGAGGGAGUGCCCACGUCAAAUGAAACAGAAGAUUCAAAACUUUCAGCGGACGUGUCAUCGUCCGGUGUCGUUGCCGACACUCCUAUCGCGCCUUUAGAUUCUAAUAUGUCGGUCAAUUUAGAGAUAGAUAUUGGUUUAGAGGAUCAGGUAUCAGGCCAAGAAGAUACGGAGACUAUAGGUUUGCAAGUAGAGAGCGAAGGUAUCGAUGUAGUCAAGAUGGUGGAAGUCUCAACUGAGCAAGUAUCGCUAGAGAAUAAUGUACCUGAAGGUGGACCAUCUGCUUCAACAGUGGUUUCUCCACUGGCUUAUCCUGUGGUAAAUGAGUUAAACGAGAAUGGUUUUGAUGAUACGAAAUGGAACAAAUCGUUUUCUGACUCGAAUCCUGAGGAUUUAUCAUUUUCUGCCGGCAUGCCUGCUCCAUCUGCAGUUUAUCCAGCUCUACAGGCAUUUCCAGGGAAGGUUUUAGUUCCUGCAGUUGUUGACCAAGUUCAAGGGCAGGCAUUAGCAGCUUUGCAAGUUUUAAAGGUCAUUGAAGCUGAUGCUCAACCUGGUGACUUGUGUACUCGUCGGGAAUAUGCUCGCUGGUUAGUUUCAGCCAGCAGUGCUCUAUCCAGGAACACUGUCUCGAAAGUUUACCCUGCAAUGUGUAUAGAAAAUUUUACUGAGCUUGCCUUUGAUGAUGUUACACCUGAAGACCCUGAUUUUCCUUCAAUUCAAGGCUUAGCGGAAGCUGGGCUUAUAGCCAGCAAGCUUUCAAGACGUGACAUGCGUUCUUCUUCUGAAGUUGAAGAGACUCCCCUCUGCUUCUGUCCUGAAAGUCCCUUGUCUCGUCAGGACCUUGUGAGUUGGAAGAUAUGUCUCGAGAAAAGACAGCUCCCAGUAGCUGACAAGAAGAUUCUCCAACAAGUUUCUGGGUUUAUAGACAUAGAUAAGAUCGACCCAGAUGCAUGUCCUGCACUGGUUGCUGACUUAACAGCUGGAGAGCAGGGAAUAGUAGCCCUUGCAUUCGGUUAUACAAGACUAUUUCAGCCUGAUAAACCAGUCACAAAAGCUCAAGCUGCUAUUGCCCUUGCUACUGGUGAAUCAUCAGACAUAGUUAGCGAGGAACUUGCACGUAUUGAAGCAGAGUCUAUGGCAGAAAAUGCUGUUGCAGCACACAGUGCAUUAGUAGAUCAAGUGGAGAGGGAUGUCAAUGCUAGUUAUGAGAAAGAGCUUUCGCUAGAAAGGGAAAAGGUCGAUGCUGUGGAGAAAUUGGCUGAACAAGCAAGGGCAGAACUGGAGAAAUUAAAAUCUGAGCGAGAGGAAAGAAACAUUGCGUUGUUGAAGGAACGAGCUGCUGUUGAUUCAGAAAUGGAAAUAAUGUCAAGGCUAAGGCGUGAGGUUGAAGAACAGUUGCAGAGCCUGAUGAGUGACCAAGUGGAAGUAUCUUAUGAAAAGGAAAGGAUAACUAAGCUGCGGAAGGAUACAGAAAUGGAAAAUCAGGAGAUCACCCGGCUACAACAUGAACUGGAAGUGGAGCGAAAGGCUCUGGCUAUGGCCAGGGCUUGGGCCGAAGAUGAAGCGAAAAGAGCAAGAGAACAAGCUAAGGUGCUAGAAGAGGCUAGAGAUCGCUGGGAAAGGCGUGGAAUGAAAGUCAUUGUUGAUGAUGACCUCAAUGAUGAGGCCAAUGCUGGGGUUGCUUGGCUCAAUGCUGGAACUGAAACAUCAGUCGACGGAACUGUUAGCAGAGCUGAAAGCUUGGUGGAUAAGCUCAAGGCAAUGGCAUAUGAUUUAAGAGGGAGAUCUAAAGAGACAGUUGACCAGGUCAUACAAAAGAUACUUGUUUUGAUAUCUGUCUUAAAGGAGUGGAUAGCAAAAACAAGGGACAACAGUGUAGAGGUAAAAAAUGUUGUGGUCACCAAAGUAGCAGGGUCUUUGCAAGAGUUCCAAAACAGUUCAAGUGAGUUCGUUUCAUAUGCCAAGGAAGGGGCAAAGCGUGUUGCAGGAGACUGCAGGGAUGGAGUUGAGAAACUUACACAAAAGUUCAAGACCUGAAUGUGUCCCCGUAUCCUCUUCUUUUAGAGUGAUUCCAACAAUCCGAUUUUGCCUAGUGCUAAAUAUGUACUUCUAUACAUACUUGUCUUAUUUUUACCUGUAACCUUGAUGAUAAUGCCCUAGUAUACUUCAGUGACCCGCCUGUGGUUAAUGUUGUGUUGUACACACUUGUAUCCUACAGUCCAGUCAGGGGUCUAGAGUGACAGCUUGUCUUUGUUGAAUAAACCUUGUAAUGGUUAUAGGAAAUAAAUCCCCAGUCUCUAAUUCAGGCCAAUUGCUCAAAGACCUUUUUGGGAUACAAGACCCAAGUCAAUUGGUUCUGAAGAAAAUAGUACUCUGUUUCAACAAUAAAAUGUUUGCAACAUCAA